AUGCUAAGGAAGGUAGGGCCAGGAGUAUGCAGGCGGCCAACCCUGCUGUUUUGGUGCCUGUAUGUCUUCGUGGAGGAGCACACUGUGUAUGGCCACAACAGAACUGUGGAAACCAGGGAGAUGGAGAGGCCAUUUUGUGAACAAGGAUACUAUUGUCCAGUGGGAAGUCCAACACCAGUGCCAUGUCCGAAGGGUACCUUUGGGCCGACGGUUGGUGCUAGUUCCAUGGACAGCUGUCUCAGCUGCCCAACCAACCACUACUGUCCGCGACCUGCUCUGACCUCAGGCAUACCCUGUGGAGCCUGGGCACAGCAGCCCCUACCUGGCCAGGACAGAUGUGUGUGUCUUGGAGAAGGGCAAACCUUCCAGGCCAGUGAUGGGCAGUGCCCCUGUGCCCUAGGGUACCGCCUCAUGGGCCAAGGGGACACUUGUUUGCACAGUGUCUAUGAUAUUUGUAGAGAUGGGAGAGCGAGGACACAACAUGGAACCUGUCUGGACAGGCAGCAGUGGGCACAACACUGUACCCAGCAGGUGUGUCUCUCUCCAGGGGACUACCAGGGCUUUGAUGGGGCUCUGGGCCUGUGUCUGUGCAGGGAACCCCCAGAGAGAGCUGUGUGUGGGGGCUGGUGUAGGAGCAGGCCAAAGCUGGCACUGCAUUUAGUGUGUGCUGCCGUAGACUUGCAGCUGGUAUAUAGCAACUCUGAAGGCCAGGUAAGCCAUGAUGACUUGAGCAUGUGUAGGUGAAGAGUUGUAUGGCAGACACAUUAUGCGCACAUAUUCACACAAGGCACCACACACACACACACACACACACACAAGGCAGCAUAUAU